UUUUGGGAAUGGCGAGGAUCGGGAUUUUGUAAUUCCGUGGGAGGUUGGGAUUUGGGGCUCUGCCCCCGAUGUGGGAGGGAAAAAUGGGAGGGAAAAAUUCCAGGCUCGGGAAGAGCGAGAAUUCCCAGAUUUCCGAGCCUGCCGGAGAUUGUUCCAGCCGGGAAUUCGCUCCCUGCCAGGCCAUGUCCGUGCCGGGAAUUCUGGGAUCGCUGCUCCAAGAGGAGGAAAAGUUUUCCUCGUGCCUGGCCCGGCUCGACGCCCUCAUCCUCAAACCUCUGCUCCAGGCAGAACCCAACGAUCCGAAGGAAAAGGAGAAUUUCCAGCUCCUGGUGCUGCUCAACGAUCGCUUCCAAGCCCUCUGGAAUUUCACGGAGGAGAAUUCCCGGAUCCUGAGGGGCUCCGACUCCGGCUGUAUCCAGGAUUUUUACAUCCUCUGGAAAGGAGAUCUCUUCCUCAGCCUCUCCAUCCAGUAUUUCGUCACCUUUGCCAACUUCGUGGUGGUUCAAGGAUUCGAGCGGGCGGCCGGGAACAAGAGUGAGGCCUGGAGGCGGCACAAGGCGGUGCUGAAGGAAUUCCUGCGGGAUUUCAGCUCCGAGAGCUCCCUGGCUCCAGCCCUGCACUCGGAGCUCCUCAAACCUUUCCGGGAGCACGGCCGGAGCUGCCUCCGGCUCCUCCAGCAGCUCCGGGAGCAGCUCCAGGAGGGCCCCGAGCGGGACGCGGCCGGAGCCAUGGAGCGGGAAUUCGGGAAGUUGGAAUCCUUCGUCAGCCAGGUCCUGGAUGAAGCCGCCCGCACCAAGGAGCUCUGGAAUUCCCUGGGAUGUAAAUUCACCGACGUGCUGCGCGUUCCCGAGCGGAGACUCCUGGAGGACAGCAGGAACCUUCCCAUCGCUUCCGGCAGCUCCCGCUCCGAGCGCCUCCUGCUCUUCGACGACGUCCUGGUGCUGAUCCAGGGAAACAGCUUCCAGAGUUUUGAUCUGAAGUUGGUGUGGGUGGAUGAAAACUGCGGAGAGAAACUGGCUCCGGGAUCGCACGGCCUGCGCGUCACCACCCCAGAGGAGACGUUCGUCCUCUCCACCAAGGACCCCCAAACCAAGGCCGUGUGGCGCUGGAAGCUGGAGCAGGCCGUGCGCCAGGCGCUCAACGGGAAGCGCGAUUUCCCGCUCUGGGGCGGCAGCGGCGACGGAGCCGAGGCUCCAUCCCGAAGAUUCUUCAGCUACGGAUUCCGCAGGGACGGCCGGCUCCGAGGGGCCACCUACGAGGGCGAGUGGCUGGAGGGGAAACCCCACGGCAAGGGGACGCUGAAGUGGAGCGACGGCCGCAACCACGUGGGCGAUUUCCGGGAGGGCCGGGAGCACGGGUUUGGGAUCCACCUGGUCCCGCGGCGCUCCGAGGAUCGCUACGACUGCUACAAGUGCCACUGGCAGCAGGGCAGCAAGAGCGGCUACGGAAUCUGUGAGUACGGGAACGGCCAGGUCUACAGGGGUUACUUCAAGGACGACGUGCGCCACGGAUUCGGGAUCCUGGAGAAUUCCUCGGCUCAGCGUCCCUUCAAAUACACCGGCCACUGGGAAAAGGACAAAAAGAGCGGAUACGGAGUCUGGGAAGACAAGGAGAGAGGGGAGAGGUACAUCGGGAUGUGGUGGGAUGACCGCAGGCACGGAGAUGGAAUCGUGGUGACGCACUCGGGGCUCUGCUACCAGAGGAGGUUCCAGGCGGAUAAAAUGGUGGGCUCGGGAAUUCUGUUCCUGGAGGACGGAUCCGUCUACGAAGGGAAUUUCACGGAAGAUCUGACGUUUGUGGGAAAGGGCCGGCUCUCCCUGGCUGACGGCUCCGGGCAGGCGACGCCGCAGCUGGGCCUGAAGGAAUUCCCGGUGGAGAAGAGAUGGGCGGGAAUCUUCCAGCAAUUCCAGGAAUUUCUCCAUUCCGGCUGCAAGGAGGAAACCGAGGAAUUUUUCACGGGAUUCCACAUCCAAACGGGCAAGGAGCUGAGGAAAUCCCGGGAAUUCCUGUUCGGCCAGGGAGGCGCCGAGGAGCUCUCCUGGAGAAACGGGAAUUUCCCGGAGGAGCUGGGCCGGGAGCCGGAGGCGCUCCGGAGAUUCCUGGAGAAGGCUCUGCGCUGUCCCCGGCACCCCCUGGGGAAGCUGCUCCGGGCUCUGGGCUCCGCAUUCCAGGCCUCGUAUUCCGGGCCCGGCUCCAGCCGGCUCCUGCUGGGAAUGGCGCAGGCCGAGGUGCAGCUGUACGCCCGGAAAAUCUGGGAAUUCGCCCGAGCUUUUCUCCGGCUGCCCUCGGACGACGCCGAUCCCAGGGGCUCCGGGCCGGUGCUGCCGCUGAUCCUGGCCAGGUUUUACCCGGAGCUCUCGGUGCUGUACCUGCUCCAGCACCAGCGCCAGGAUGAGCUCUACAGCCAAGGAAUCCGGGAGCUGAGCCAAUUCCCGGAUUUCCAGCUCCUGGAAUUCCUGGGAGUGCAGAAGCACCUUUGGCCUCUCCAGGAUCCGAUCCCGAGCCGGAGCCAGGAUUUUUGCUGCUUCCGGGCGGCCACCGAGCGGCUCCAGAGGCUCCUGUGA